AUGUUGUUGAAGAUGAACUUCACCCAGCAGCGGCGGGUGCGUCUGGCACAGGGCCUCUGGCUUCUGUCAUGGCUGGCUGUGAUGUGCGGGGCCUUCAUCUUCUGUCUGGGGGUUUACCUUAAGACAGAACUGAUACGCAGGGAUGAGGUAAUGGAGAAAACGGAGAUCCACGUGGUGCCCAACAUCCUCAUGAUGGUGGGCCUGGCCUCCAUCGGCACCAACUGGCUCGCCAGUCGCAUGUGUCAGGACUCCUUGGAUGCGAGCCGCUUCCCUCGCUGGAAGGUUCUCCUGCUGGCUUGGUUCUUCGUGGCGGCGCUGCUCUGUUAUAUGCUCAUCGGCGUUGUGGUGCUCAGCUACGCCCUGCAGGGAAGACUGGAGGAGUCCCUGAAGGUUGGCCUCAGGAAUGGUAUUCGUUUCUACAAGGACACGGACGUGCCAGGCCGCUGUUUCCAGAAAGAGACCAUUGAUCGUCUGCAGAUGGAGUUUCGCUGCUGUGGAAACAACAAUUUCAAGGACUGGUUCGAGGUUCAAUGGGUCAGCAACAGAUACCUGGACUUCACUUCCAAAGAUGUCAAGGAUCGCAUCCGGAGUAAUGUGGACGGCCGGUACCUGCUGGAUGGCGUUCCCUUCAGCUGCUGUAACCCGGCGUCCCCUCGUCCCUGCAUGCGCUACCACCUGACUGACAACAGCGCCCACUACAGAUACAACUACCAAGAAGAGGAGCUCAACCUGCACAUCCGCGGCUGUAGACAAGCUCUGAUUGACUACUACAUGGGCUUAUUGAAUUCAACUGGUCCUGGUGUGAUUUCCGUCAUCUUAAUACAGAUGUCAGUGCUGCUGAGCCUGCGGUACCUACAGACGGCUGUGGAAGGGGCCAUGGCUCUGGAGGACCCAGAGGGCGACAGCGAGGGUUACCUCCUGCAGAAAGGAGUGAAAGAAACCAUUGAGGACGUCAAAGCCAGUGUCCUCAGCUUGCUUAAGUUUGGGCAGGUUGACCCCAGCGCCGCCGAAGAGUCCCCUGUGGCCGCAGAUGUCGAUAAAGCAGCUGAUACUCCUGCCAGCUAG